AAUUUUUUGUAGCCGAAGCGGCAGCGGCGUGGUGGCCGCUGGUCUAGACAGUGGUCUAUUCACUCUAAGUCGACGAAAGGAAUGACUGCUGCAAAUUGCCAAGUACCUAUAAAAUUGCUUGAUUUGUAUCCUGUACAAUUAUUCACUUGUGUAGGACGACCGCCUACUGUGUGGCGGAAUUUAGCGGCAUGCUGUAAUGUCCUCAUUCCAUACAGUCGCGUGAUGAGUUUUAAGUUUAAAAUUUAAAAAUCUCCGAAACAUGCAUCUGGACGCAGUUUAUUGGUACGCGUUAGUAUUGUUGACUGCUAUCCAAUUCAGGUGUUCAAAGUGUGCCGUUGACAGCAGACUGUUGGAUGAAGAAGAAACAUUGGCAGAUCAUUCUAUACUCGACACAUUGCCUCGAUAUGUUUUGUAUGAUGUCAACAAACCCGAAGGAUUUAAUUUACGCCGUGAUGUGUUUAUACGAAUGGCAUCUUUUAUACAUCAUAUGAAUAAGGUGUCUGAUUAUCAUUGGAUUUUGGUGUUGCCACCAUGGCAUCGCUUGUAUCAUUGGAGAUCAUCAAAUCUUGUGCAGGACUGUCUUCCAUGGAGUCUAUUUUUUAAUGUGGAUUCCAUUAAAAAAACUACUCCAGUUGUUGAAUUACAUGAAUUUUUCCAAAUGAACGGAUUAAGACCAUUGGAUGCCCAAGUUACGUUACAAGAUUUUAAUGUGAAGUCAUUUGAGCAAUACCCAGACUUUUCAGACAAAUGGGAAGUAGCCAAUUGCAAAGAUCAAGUCCAAAAACAAUUUUGGAACCUAAACAACCUUACAUUUACCAAAUCAUUAUGUAUAUCAUUCCAAGGAAUUUCCACUCUACUAGCUGAUAUUGUUCAGGAGUUACAACCAAGAACUAUUAUAUUUGACCAUGCGGAGUUGGCAUUGCACAAUUAUUAUGGUGGGCAAGAGUAUUGGAUGAUAAGAAAAAGUAUGCAAUUCAGCAAAAACCUGCAUGAAAUUGCGAAGGAGUUUAAGAAAAGAAAUUUAAAACAAGAUUACUUGUGUGCACACUUGCGUCGCAGAGAUUUUUUAUACGGCCAUCCUAGUGAUGUACCCAAUAUUAAUAAUACAGCUAGACAGAUUAAAGAGAAAUUAAUUUUGUUGAAUAUUAAAACAGUCUAUGUAGCAACCGACACUUCAAAAACAGUUGAAGAACUUAAAAAUGUUUUACGACCUUAUCAAAUGUUUAAAUUUGAAGCUGAUAAGAAAACCUUGAACAAUUUUUUGGAUGGUGGGGUAGCAAUAAUUGAUCAAAUAAUAUGUUCACAAGCAAACUAUUUCAUUGGAACAUCCAAAUCCACGUUUUCAUUCCGAAUUCAAGAGGAGAGAGAAAUUCUUGGAUUGCCAAUAGAAACUACUUUCAAUAGCUUUUGUGGGGAUAAUACUGAGUGUACACAGCCUACUAAAUGGAGACUUGUUGAAUAAUGUUGUUGUUAUAUAGUAGACUGUUGCAAUGUCUCGGGGUACAUCGAUAAAUGGUUAUUUCGUUCA